GUCACAGUGCUUGAGGCUGUAUACCCUGUUGAAAUUACAGCACCUCCCUGCAGCAUGUGUACUUCAGCUUCCUAUCACAUCCCAGCCUAGAGCAGAAAGCAUACAGGAUAGUGGAAGGCCAGCCCUUUGGACCUGGUAAAGCACAAGCAGGAGCAGCUGUGCUCCCAGAGGGAGCAUCCCAGGAAAUGGAGACGCUGGAUACUAAUUUCUCGAGGGACCAGCAAGUCUGCAAGUUCUCGGAGGACUACAAGCAAAUCUACCUGUCCCUGACCUACAGUAUCAUCCUCAUACUAGGGCUACCCCUGAAUGGCACGGUCUUGUGGCUCUCCUGGCGCCAAACCAAGCCUUGGAGCUGUGCCACCAUCUACCUGGUGAACCUGAUGGUAGCUGACCUGCUUUACGUGCUGGCGCUGCCCUUCCUCAUCAUCACCUACUCCCUGGGUGACAGGUGGCCCUUUGGGGAGAUGCUGUGCAGGCUGGUGCGCUUCCUGUUCUACAUCAACCUUUAUGGAAGCAUCCUGCUAUUGACCUGCAUCUCCGCGCACCGCUUCCUGGGUGUGUGCCACCCGCUGCGCUCGCUGCCCUACAGGAGCCGCCGACACGCCCUCCUGGGCACAGCCACCACCUGGGCCCUGGUGGUCCUCCAGCUACUGCCCACCCUCUUCUUCUCCCACACAGACUACAUCGAUGGCCAGAUGGUCUGCUACGACAUGACCGGCCCAGAGAAUUUUGAUCAGUUCUUUGCCUAUGGCAUGGUUCUGACACUGUCUGGCUUUGCCUUUCCUUCCUUGGUCAUCUUGGUGUGCUACUCGCUGAUGGUGAGGAGCCUGAUCAAGCCAGGAGAGACCCUCAGGAGGACAGGCAAUGCAGCCCGGGCCAAGUCCAUCCGGACCAUCUUGCUGGUGUGCGGCCUCUUCACCCUCUGUUUUGUCCCCUUCCACAUCACACGUUCCUUCUACCUCACACUCCGCUUUCUAUCUUCACAGGACUGCCAGCUCUUAAUGGUGGCCAGCGUGGCCUAUAAGAUAUGGAGGCCUCUGGUGAGCAUGAGCAGCUGCCUUAACCCAGUCCUGUACUUUCUGUCGGUUGGGAAUAACAGAGUCAGGCUCCUCCAGGAACUCAGGCAUAAUAAGGUGGGUGAGCAACCAGCUGGAGCCAAGGGAGAGAGACCCAGGGGUGGCCAGAUCUGGGUACUGACAAGAUGAAGUUUGGGAAAAAUGAGCUCCAAGAUGUUGAUAAUGACUUGUUUGAACACAGUCAUGUGGUAUCAGGAGAGGGGCUCAAGAUCUCUGAGCAGUAUCCUGCUACAAAGGAUUUUAUACUGAUGUUAAGAAAUUGUAAAGGAAGAGUAUGGAGACAGCCACCAACACAAAGGAAAACUUUCUCAUUUUAAUCAGAGCUGGAAUUUAUCUCUUAUCACUCAGGCCUAAGCUUGAACAUCACCUCCUCAGAAGCUCCUACCCACCCUAGUUAAUACUGACCUCUUUCCCCAUAACCCAGUCACUAUUUCCCUAUCUAUUGUCUUUUUAGCACUUAUUAGUGCCUGACCUUGUUAACUGGUUUACUCAUGUACAGUCUGUUUCUUCCCCCUAGAAUUAGGUUCCAACAGGACAGGGACCUCAUCUGUCUGACUGCUGUACCCCUAAGGCGCCUCCGCAGCAGGGCCCAGCACACAGUGAGUGUACAAUUGACAGGAGUGGAAUGAAUAAGUAAUGAGUGGAUGCAUGGAUAAGUGAACAAAGCCCUUACCACGGAAAAGCACUUUACAUGCAAUAAUUCAUUUGUUCCUCACAACAGCCCUUGGAGGUGUGAACUACUGUUAGCCCCAUUUACAGAUAAGCAAAGAGCCUUAAGUAACUUGCCCAAGGUCACCCAGCUGCAGAAUGGUUAGAUCCUCAUGCUGGAUGGAAGCUUUGAAGCCAGGCACUGGCCUCUUAAGCACAGGCUCCUAAGACGGACGCAUAUGGCCCAAUCCAAACGCUGGUCAAGAGCCAGCCAGGUGUGCCUCGGCAGCACCAGCUACUUGUUCACGUCAGCUCAGCUCUCACAUAGCUGAUCGCAGGUGCAGACCACUGGGUAUACAGCGUGCGAUCUUUCACUAUACUUCUUAACCAGGGUUCUAAGGUUAGAAUAAAAGCUCUGCAGGGCAAAGUGGGAAAAAAAAAAAAAAAAAAAAACAGGGCACCACAAGUGCAUGAAUGGCGAUUCUCCUUAUUCUAUUUGAACAUAAUGUUUAUGACAGAAAAGUUUUACCACUGUAUUUAAUCAUAAUAUGAUGUUCAUUCUUAAAAUAUAUAUCUAAGGGGACACCUGGGUGGCUCAGUUGGUU